AUGGAGCACUACCUCUGUCUUGGGCAAUUUCUACAUUCCCUUGCCCCAAGUAAGAAGAUAAGGGCUCUAGUAGGCAGCAAAUCAAAGCAAGUCCUUGCUCUUGAGCUGUGGAAUAAGAUUCUCAAAGCUGGGGACAGCUUUGAAAAGAAAGUUGUUCCACACGAGCAGUCAGCUCUUAGCUUCCCAAUCUAUUUACAACUGGUAUAUUCACCCUGGGAUUCACCUUACUUUUGUCAUGAUUUUGCGGGAACUCACCUGAAUGCUGCCAUUACCCUCACACAUUGCCUUUUAGGAAGCCUCUCCUGGAAAAAGCUCCAAUUUUAUGUGCUUAGCCAGUUCCUGGGCUCCUUUCUGGCAGCAGCUACUGUUUUUUGCAUCUAGUAUGAGGCACUGUAUGACUACACCAAAGGCAACUUUACAGUGACUGGUCCAAAUGCCAUGGCAGGCAUCUUCUCCACAUACCCUGCUCCCUAUAUGUCCUUGAUGGGAGGCUUCCUCAUGGAAAUUAUAGCGACAAUGAUGCUGUUCUUGGGCAUUCCAGUCAUCCAUGAUAAGAAAAAUAAUGCAGUCCUGAAGGGGACACAGGCCUUGCUCACAGGUAUCCUGGUCCUAGGAAUUGGUCUGUUGAUGGGGAUGAACAUGGGCUACUCCAUGAACCCCUCCAGGGACUUGCCCCCCAGGGUCUUCACUGCCAUUGCUGGCUGGGGAAUGGACGUCUUCAUGGUUGGACAGGGCUGGUGGUGGAUCCCACUCGUAGCUCCACUCCUGGGAUGUCUUUUUGGUGUUUUAAUCCACAAACUCUUUAUUGAUCUUCACAAUCAGCCUGUCCUGGAAAGUGAAAAUGAGAAAAGACAGCCAGGCAUGGAAGUUUCUAGGAUGUGGCAGUCAUGUGCCCUGAGGAAAGGACCUGGAAGGAAAUCUUAG